CAUUUCCUCAUACGAAACAGCUUUGACACUGAAAAAAGGGGGGGGAGCAAGCUUAUCAUUGAUGAUUUAUAGACCAGUAAUGAUCAGGAAUAACUUCACAUUGGUCAAUCUGUACACAAGGAAGCAAAAAUAAAAAUUCCCAGGACUGAGCUGAAGGGUUCAUGACAGCACUGCUGGACAAAGACGAGUGAACUCGGUCAACGCUUAACCAAGCCACACUAAGAGAAGCUUUUAGAUUUGAAUGACUUUUGGACAAUGUUUCAGAACAACAGAGCCGUCCUGAAAAGGAGGGCGACUAUCACACUUCUGCCUCUGUACUACUCUGGGCCUCUGCUGAAGAAAAACACCAGAGAGAAGGAUUUCAAGAACUACUAUGGAGAGCUCAGAGGAGCGACGCUGUUUCUGUACACAGAUGACACACAGGACACAUACCUUGAAAAGCUGGAACUGGAGCAGCUGAAAAGCAUGGAGCUGGCGUCUCCUUACCAAAAGAAGAUGCCAACCGUCUUCACUUUGAGCAUGCAAACAGAGGAAGUACAGCUGAAGAUGGACAACGCUGACAGAGGAGAGGAGUGGAGGGGCUACAUCAUGACUGUGGUUAAAAAGGAGAUUCCCACUAAGCUGCAGCUCUUGCCGGGUCAGUUUAUGAAGCUGGAGGAGGUUCUGGCUUCUGAGCAGGCAAGAAACUUCCUACCUUCGCGGCCACCCCUCCCACGUCGACCAACCUUCCUACGGUCCCCGAGUUCAUCUUCGGACUCUUCUCCAAAAAAGCAGGACUCUGAGAUGCCCGCAUGCUUCUUCAGUGUGAGUCGACAGGAAGCAGAGCGGAUGCUGGAGACAAACCCCGAGAAUGGAAGCAUCAUCCUCCGUCCUUCCACCAUGCCCAAUAACUAUGCGGUGACCAUGAGACAACCGAAGGACAGUGGAGCCAUCUUGAAGCAUUACCGUGUGACCUCCACAAGCGCAGGGUUUGUCAUUGAGCUGGACACAGCGGUAACGGUCUCAUCCCUGAAGGAUGUGAUUGCGUAUGUCCUCGAGAAGACAGAUUAUCGUCUUAAUCCCUACGUUUUAUGUCAGCCCUACGACACUCGCAUCGAACCGUCACCUCUUCCAAAGUGCGUCAACGUUACCCACUCUACGUCUAAAACGCUGCCCAGGGCACAAGUUAAACCUGUGCAGUACCCCCAAUCCAAAGAGACGCCUCCUCCAGCCGAGACCACGGACGGAACUUAUGUGUUUCCUGAUCCCAGUUCAUAUAAUCAUGACCUCAAGUUGGCUCAUCAUGGAGAGCUUCGGGAAGUUUUGAAAAUGAGGAGAGAAUUGAUCUACACCGCAACUGGAGAGGAGAAAUCCAUCAUCUACAAGAAUCAAAUCUCGGAAAAAUCUAACGGCAGCACAGUUGAGUGGAACACAAAUCAUUCAACAGCGUAAGGUGUGAACCUCUCAUCCCUACUGAACGUGGUGUACAACUUCUGUGAGGCUCACUGAUUUUAUUUUGUCCAAAGUCUGCUCCGAUAUUGUGCAUGACUAACAGUAAGACCAAAAAAAAAAAGCAUCAUAAGCAGAGCUCUGGGUUGUGUAUCUGCAUAUUUCAUGAUAAACGAAUAAAACACUUAAAAUGCAAUAAUGGGUAAGGUAACUUAUCUGAUGACUAUUCUUAGGUCCAAGUAACUAAAUGUUAGUUUAUGGUGAACAUCGUCAUGAAGAAAAGCAGACCAGAAUGCAUAAAUGAAAUAUUUGAUACUGCAGGGUAUCAAAAAGGCUCACCAAAGUAAUAUUCAUGUAAAUGUUUUAGGAGGUUUCCGUCAGAACCACACAGGAGGAUUAGCAUCCCUCCUGGUUGACGUGUUUGGUAUCACUGCACUAACACUUCAAAUCAUUAUCUCCUCAACAUCAACCAUAAUUGUUUAUAUAUUGAGGCAUGUGACUGUAUUUCAUGAGUAUAGCUUUGUUUUUAUAAACGGCAUCACAGAUGAACAACUUUACCGAAUUUAGCCUGAAGUGCAACCUAAACAGGAUCUGAGAAGAUCUGAAAAAUGUAGGAAAAGCAAUAAUUACAUGCGUUUUCUUUGUUAAGAGAUUUCAGAAAAGUUUUUUUGUCACAUUUUUUUUCUUCUCUGUAUGUGUUUUUGUGAAUGUUUUAUUAUUAUUAAAGUUUUAUUAAUGUAUUUUGAUUCACUGUACUUUAUGAAUCAGAGUUAAAAACUGUCAGCUGAAAGCUGACAGUUUUUGAUUCAGCUUUGAUCAAAUUUCAAGAAAAUGACUGAUUCCAGAUUUCCGUUUUUGGACUUGUUGCUUCAAACGAUAUUAAACUGUUAUGUUUUUGUUCUGAUUAUUUCCAACAGUCCAUUUUAAAAGACUAAUGAAACUGCAAACUUAUGGAGUUAUAUUAGAGGAAAAUAAGACCAUAAAUCAGGAUGAACUUUACACUUUAUUUUUCACACGUAAGGGUAGGCGAACAUAAAUGUUUUCAAAUUUGAUGUUACUCCAUUAAGACUGUAUUUUCUUGUUUUCAUCAUUACUGUGGAUCAUGUUAUAGCUUAAAAGUUUAAGGAUCAUUCAUCACUCAAAGACAGCAAGACUGUGAAAAAUAUUCAAUAAAAAAAGAAAGCAAAAACUCCCUUCUGUAUCCUUCGUUACUUAUAAAGUAUUUCUGGUGCACCGUCGCCAACAUCACAUUUUUCAUAAUCUGGUCCUUGACACUGUGUGAUAGCAGCCCUCAUGUGAGAAAGAAAUAAAAUAUCUGUAAUAACUUAACAUCUCAGAAUAGAAAAAAAAAGAAAAAAACAACCCCAGAAUAAAUAAAGGUGAUUGUUCCACAGUGUGGACCUGCCCCCGCUGCUCGUCAGUACAUUACUUCUCGGUGAGUGAUAGCUGCAGGAUCCUCUCCAGCUCAUCCUCUUCCUCCUUCUGCUUCCUGCAACAAAAAUAUUUUUUGUUUGAGUGUUUAUUGUGUUUUUCUUUGUUUCUUUUACCUUUUCUUUUUCCUUUCUUUUCUUUUUCUAUUGAUUGAUUUGUUUUUGUGAUUUUGUAUUGAGGGGGAGGAUUUUUUAUAAGCCCUUCAGGCUUCUUUUCCUCUCCUGCACAAUUAUUUGUCCUUGUAUUGUUAAUAUAAUUACUCUUUUAUCAUUGUGCAUAUGAAUAAAUAAAUAAAAAAUAAAUAAA